AUGCCGGCCCCGUACUCGGACGACCUCUACUCCGGGGACGACAACCCCUGGGGCGAGGAACAGGAGCACAACGACGCACUGUCGCCCACUGACGGCUACUUCCACGCGUCCUCGUCCGGGCUAGAAGAGGCCGCAACCGUGCCCUUUGUGCCCAAUGUCAUGGUGGAGGACCCGACGCUGCAGGAGGAUCGUGCCGCCGCAAAGGCGAGAGAGGCGGAGGAGGAGAGGUUGAUAAAUACAUCGGCAUCUUCGUCAUCUCCUCCCUCCUCUGGCCACUAUCACAGACGGAGCAUUGACGAGGAGAUAUCGUCCUUUCAGCCUACAGGUGCUGCAGGCCCGGCGCUGAAUCAGUAUACCAUUCCUCGGCCACCGCCGUCUGACGCACCUCCUGCCUACUCCCCCUCCGCUUCCUCCCCGCCACUGGCCUCUGGCUAUCAGACGUUUGGGCCUCCACAGGCCGGUACGCAGUCUGAAACCAUGGGCGUGCCUGAGGAGAGCCAGACACUGCUUCCACGACAGCCCGAGUCCAUGGGCGGAGCCGUAAACGGAUCUCGAGAACCUCUGUGGCAAAGGCUCAAAGACAGAAUCAGCUCAUCCAUCACCAGGAAGAAGGUCCGGACAGCCCUCGGUGUCCUCUUGAUCAUCUCCAUCAUCGUUGCCUUAUUUGGAAGCACGAUUAGCGUGCACAGCGGCAAGGCUCCUCCGUCUAACAAUCCUCCCCCCAACAUGUCGUGGCCCCCUAGAAACAGCAGGGACUGCUUGGGCGAACCCUUCAGGUCUUCCAAGAUCAACGAAGUCAUCAGUUUCGGCAGCAACAAGAAGCUCAGCAUCAUUGAGACAAUGGAGCGAGAUAGCGGAAAGCGUCGCGGGCUCCAGCCACGUGUGUAUGGCGAGAUCAUCUUGCAACCGGUUGACACCUCUUCCACCGGCAACGUUGAGCUCGAGAUCAUGACAAAUGACCAAAAUCUGCACGUCGGCGUUGAGUUCGACAAGCGAGAACAACGUUUCAAAGUCACCAUCCCUCGUCUGGUUGAAUGGAGUGAGCCAAACUGGCAACCAUGCGUCCAAAUUCGGAUCACGGUGUUCAUCCCCCGUGAAGCUCAGCUCGAGUCGGUCCUUGUCGAUUCCAUCCAUCUCGACGUCACCGUCAAAGAUGGUAUCAUCCUCAGUUCUGCCACUGACGCCCAGAUCAAGACCGUUGUGGGCGACGUCAACACUGGCCGCCUGUCGGGAGAUGUGGCGCCGUACACCCUGGCCUCGCGAAGCAUCAUCAUCGAGACUGUUAGUGGCGACGUUGAAGGCUGGUUUCCCCUAUACGACCUUCUCAAGAUCCAUACCGUCUCCGGAGACAUCAAGACCGACAUCACUCCGAAGCCAUCCUCUGACAAGAAGCCUGAACAAGCUGUGCUCAACAUCGACUCUAUUUCAGGCGACAUCAAGGUGACGGAGCCUGUGGGCUAUGGUCCAGAUAGUAAACGUGACGACAAGUUUCCGCCGCGCGAUUAUGUCGUUGGCAUCUCCUCUGCCUCUGGCGACAUCCAGGCCGAACUUGCUUUUACGUCGACGGCCAAAUUCGAGACAGUGUCUGGAGAUCAAAAGUUGAGGCUGUUGCCAGUAUUUGGCUCUGGCUCCUCGGAACCCUUCCUGUCGACCGACACCAAGAGUGGACAAAUUACCUUGACCGUCGCCGAGCCUUUGUGGAAGAACUCCGCCGCCAGUAUCGGCCACUAUGACCCAUUAGCACCGCCCACCCGCGACGGAGAUGACGAGGAUCACGGUGAGCCUUGGAUCAUCAUCCACCCCGACGAGCAGCCAAGGAGACUUCCCUCGCCGCCGUACAUGGAUUUGAAACCUGGCAUGGCUGUCACUGGCGAAGACAAGAGGCACGGGUUGGUCAACCUCAAGUCUCACCACGCAUCUGUCAGCGGCGACUUUAGGCUCAACUAUCCCUCUUCGUGGGAGGGCGAGUUUGCCAUGACGACCUUGUCUGGCUCGCAGGACGUUCGAGGAGACGGCCUUGACUACAAGCGGGGCAAGGGCAUUGUCAAACGGAUCGAGGGGACCAAGGGUGAUGGAAAGUCGAGCCUGACUGUCGACUCCAUGUCUGGCCGUGAAGUGCUUGUCUUUGGGAAUGUUUGA